AUGACUAAUAGUUCUAUUCCAUAUGUUUCUAUGACAGAUAUUCUUUUUGCCGAAAAAUGGUCAAAUAUUGAGGCAAAACAUUUCAUGUCACACUGGGUUCCAACAUGUGCCUGGAUUUCAAUUGCCUAUGUUUUUGUUGUAUUUGUGGGACAAAGAAUUAUGAAAAACAGAGAAGCCUUUGAUUUACAAAAUUUCGUUGGAAUAUGGAAUCUUGGAUUUUCAUUAUUCUCUGCUAUUGAUUUAUAUUUUCUUUUACCUGAAUUAAUUAAAUCAGUCAAAGAUCUUGGAUUUUUUGGAUCAUAUUGUUAUAAUGCUACAUAUUAUACUGAUCAAAUAUCAGGAUAUUGGGGAUGGAUGUUUGUUAUGAGUAAAUUACCUGAACUUGGUGAUACUAUAUUAUUAAUUCUCAGAAAAAAGCCAGUUAUAUUUAUGCAUUGGUAUCAUCAUGCUCUUACAUUUUAUUAUGCUUCAUUAACAUACUCUGAAAGUCAGGCAUGGGCUAGAUGGUCAUUAGUUAUGAAUCUUGCUGUACAUACAAUUAUGUAUUUCUAUUUUGGUACAUCUGCCUUUGGUAAAAGGUAUCCAAAUGCUGUAAGACAAUUUAUUACAACAAUUCAACUUACCCAAUUUGUUAUAUCUGUUGGAAUAUUUUCACAUCUUGUUUAUAUAAUGACAAAUGGAAAUGUUGAAAAAUGUAAUACAUCAUGGAAUGUUCUAGCAAUUGGAGGUGUUAUGUAUUUAAGUUAUUUGUAUUUGUUUGGUGAAUUCUUCUACAAAGCUUAUAUUGCACCUAAAAAAGGAUCCAGCAAGAAAACAAAGAAAAACGAACUUAUCAAGAAUGUUGAUACAGGUCUCCCAGACAAAGUUCUUUCAUCACCAAAAUUUGAUUUUGAUGGAUUUAUUGAUAUUGUAACUUCAUCAAAAUUCGAUGAUAAAAAAGGAAGAGAUUGGAUUAUUGAACAUUUUCCAUUAACUAUUCAACUUUCAAUGGUUUAUGUUGUUACAAUAUUUUCAAUCAAAUAUAUUAUGAAAAAUCGUCAACCAUUCCAACUUACACUUCCUCUUAAUAUUUGGAAUGCAUUUUUGUCUGUUUUUUCAAUCACUGGAACAUUAAUGUUAUCAAGUGAAUUUUUUACAACAAUUCAAGAACGUGGAAUUUAUGGAUCAUAUUGUAAAAUAGGUGAUAUGAAUAAGGGUGUUAGUGGUUAUUGGGUAUGGCUUUUUAUGGUUUCAAAGAUGUUUGAACUUAUUGAUACAGUAUUUCUUGUUCUUAGAAAAAAACCACUCAUGUUUCUUCAUUGGUAUCAUCAUAUACUUACUGUCAUGUACUCAUUCUUUUCAUAUCCAUACACACCAGGUUUUAAUAGAUGGGGUAUUUAUUUAAAUUUCUUUGUGCAUGCUUUUAUGUAUACAUAUUAUUUUAUUGCUUCAAUGAAAAUUAGAGUCCCAAAAGCUAUUGCCCAAUCAAUUACAUCAAUUCAAAUUAUACAAUUUGUUAUCUCAUGUGGUAUUCUUCUUCACCUCUUUUUUGCUAUGUAUAUAUUUGGAGAUAAAUGUGACUUUGAUGAUACUGUUUUUAAAGUUGCAACAGUCAUGGAAGUAUCAUAUCUUCUUCUUUUUAUUAACUUCUUUGUUCAAAGAUAUAUCAAAGGUGGUAAACCAAAAACAAAAAAAGUUAAAAGUAAUUAG